AUGGGCAAGCCACGGAUGAUCAUCUUGAUCCGCCAUGCUCAAUCAGAAGGAAACAAGAACCGCGAAAUUCACCAAUCGGUGCCAGACCACCGGGUGAAACUGACGCCAGAAGGCCACAAACAAGCGCUAGAAGCCGGCCGUCGCCUGCGCGAUCUUCUCCGGCCAGACGAUACCUUGCACUUCUUCACCUCGCCGUAUCGGAGAACGCGCGAGACAACCGAGAAGAUCCUCGAGUCGCUCACAUCGGACGAGCCCUCGCCGUCUCCAUUCCCGCGCCACACUAUCAAAGUCUACGAAGAGCCGCGGCUUCGAGAGCAGGACUUUGGCAAUUUCCAACCAUGCUCGGCCGAAAUGUCGCGCAUGUGGCAGGAGAGGGCUGACUAUGGGCACUUCUUCUACCGGAUCCCCAACGGGGAGUCGGCAGCAGAUGCAUACGACCGCGUGAGCGGCUUCAAUGAGUCGCUGUGGCGUCUCUUUGGCGAGGACUCGUUUGCCAGCGUGUGUGUGCUAGUCACCCAUGGACUGAUGACCCGGGUCUUCCUGAUGAAGUGGUAUCACUUUAGUGUGGAGUACUUUGAAGAUCUACGGAACGUCAAUCACUGCGAGUUUGUGAUCAUGGAAAAGAACUCGGACAAUGGGAAAUUCGUACUCCAAAACAACCUUCGAACAUGGUCUGCUCUUCGACAGGAGAAGGAAGAAGAGAGGAAACGAGAGCGAGAGGUCAAGGGCCUGCCUCCAGCACCACCAGAGACCGAUAUUCCACCGGUACGUCGAAAAUGGGGCGGCUGUCCAGACGGCUGCACGCAUGACCAUACUGUCAAAUCGACGAGCUGGCGCCCAGCACGACAGGACAAGGCCGAUCUGUUUCGCGACGAUGACGGGGACGAAACGACCGAUGGCAGAAACCGCAGCCCGUCAACAGAGCGCAAGAGACCCCUGGUCAAGCAUGCUACCCACCAAAGCAGAUCAAAGACCAACAACAAUCACCGCCAUCACAGCCAUGAUUUCUCAGCCGACCCUUCUAUCGACGACGUCAUUUCCUCGCCAGCCCAAACCCCGUCUUAUAUCUCUCUCGCCAGUGUCACUAGAUCUGUACCUGAAGUAUCAGUCUCUACCGCAGACAACAACAGCAACACAAAGGACCAGCCUCAAGGGCGGGUGAGCCGAAAGUCCAGUAAACGUGACGGACGGUCAUCUAUCUCGCCUUUACGACUAAGCAGCAGCAACAGCAACCACAACAACAAUAACAACACCGACACAGAAGGAGACCACAGUCUACCGAACAUCCAUCUCCUCCGUCUCGGCGGUCGAGACGGCGGAGGCUCGACCAGCGGCGUCAACAGCCCCGCCCCUUCGGAUUCAGAAGAAGUCGACAGCGCGCUACCAGACGCAAGCAGAUCGCUCCCCGCUGUUUCUUCUUCUACUACUACUGCUACUACUCCUUCUUCUCAUACCCACUCGAUCCAAGACGCCGAAGACGAUGGCGACGACGAAGGCGCCGGCUCACGACGAACAGUCCGCCGACACCACAAAACCAGCCAUCACCAUCAUCACAACCCCACCACCAACAACAACAACAACAAUACAGCGACAACCACGCACGACAGAACCCAUGCACUACCACUACAACAACAGCAGCCCAAAGCAAAUGCCCUAGGCGACGCCGACCCAGCCUCAAGCGAUGAAGACGGCGGACUACAGGCCGACAACGAGGAGGACGAAGACGACCACGGGUCAAAUAGUGAAAUCGACCGACUGCGGAACCAGGAAGAGAGUGUUGGUGAGUCUGUGUAUUAA